CGCUGAGUUUCUCCUACCUUCCAUACAUCAGCCCCACCAGCCCACGACCAGCGUCUUCUGCUCCUAAAGCAGAGAGGGGUCGCACCACGGCGUCCAGACUGGAGCUUUAAACGUAAAAACGUCACCACCACCUACAACGGGGGUUUCCCGUUCGAAGCACACGGUCUCCAGACGUCGCUUAGCUAAGUGAAUUUAAUCACUGAAGCUAAAAGACCACCGUUGUUGCCCACCAGCCACCAAAUUGCCAAAAAGUAACUGAUUCAGGACAAGAAAAAUGGUGCAGAACAAGAUUGCCGCUGUCAAUGGAUUCCAUCGCUCUUUCAAGGGCCAGAAUCCAUUUGAAUCAGCAGAAUUCACCAAAACUGGAUCCCACCUUCUUGAUACUGCCUUCGAUUUUGAUUGUUCCACCCGUCCCGACAUGCCAUCCAGCCAGCCGAUUGACAUCCCCGACGCCAAGAAACGAAACAAGAAGAAAAAGAGGUGCAGGGCAACCGACAGCUUCUCAGGACGGUUUGAGGAUGUGUACAAGCUGCAGGAUGAAGUGUUAGGGGAGGGAGCCUAUGCAAAAGUGCAAACCUGCAUCAGCCAAAUCACCCAAAAGGAAUAUGCUGUAAAGAUCAUAGAGAAGAGACCAGGACACAGCCGGAGCCGUGUAUUCAGGGAGGUGGAGAUGCUGUAUCAAUGCCAGGGCCACAGGAACAUUCUGGAGCUUGUGGAGUUUUUCGAGGAGGAGGAGAAGUUUUACCUGGUGUUUGAGAAGCUGAGGGGAGGCUCCGUCUUGACCCACAUUCACAAGCGGAGACACUUCAGUGAACAGGAAGCUAGCAUUGUGGUGCAGGACAUCGCAAGCGCACUGGACUUUUUGCACAAUAAAGGGAUGGCCCACAGAGACCUCAAGCCCGAAAACAUCCUAUGCGAGCACCAGCAUCGGAUUUCGCCUGUGAAGAUUUGCGACUUUGACCUGGGCAGUGGAAUCAAGCUGAACAGUGACAGCUCUCCUAUCUCCACUCCAGAGCUUCUCACACCGUGUGGCUCGGCCGAGUACAUGGCGCCUGAGGUGGUGGAGGCGUUCAACGAGGAAGCCACCAUCUAUGACAAGCGCUGCGACCUGUGGAGCCUGGGGGUCAUCCUGUACAUCAUGCUGAGUGGGUACCCUCCUUUCGUGGGCCGCUGUGGGAGCGACUGUGGCUGGGAGAACGGGGAACCGUGUACAGCCUGCCAGAACAUGCUGUUUGAGAGCAUCCAGGAGGGCAAGUACGAGUUUCCCGAGAAGGAGUGGGCUCACAUCUCUACCAGUGCCAAAGACCUCAUCUCCAAACUGCUGGUCCGGGACGCAAAGAGCCGACUCAGCGCUGCUCAGGUUCUGCGGCACCCGUGGGUCCAAGGGGGUGCUCCUGGCUCAAUCCAAUCCUCCAUCCUGCUUCAGAGGAACAGUAGUGCCAAGGACCUGACGUUCUUCGCUGGGCAGGCGGUGGCCGUAAACCGCCAGCUUGCCCAGCAGGACGACCUGGAGGAGCAGCAGAAGGAGGAGGAGGCUCCUCAGGUGGUGACCGUGGGCUCUGGCUCCAUGCGUCUCUCGCCUCCCUCCAACUCCAAACUAGCUAAGCGGCGGCAGAGGAGCAGCAUCCUGAAGAGGGGGCCAGUCUCUGCUGCGGAGCUCAGCCAGCUCCUCGCCCCGCUGGUAAUGAUCGGGGACUGUGCCUGAGGAGAAGGGGCGCUCGUUGAGUUAUUUUGAAGACAUCAUCAUAAUCAUCUUCAAGUUGACUUUACAACAAAAGACGUCGGCGAGAAGAGGAAGAGGAGGAGGAGGAGAAGAAGAAGAUGAAUGGGUUUUGUUGAAGUCUCUGCUGUCCCUCAUGCGAGUGUCCCUUACCAUCUUCCCCAUUUGCCCCCUUGAAAAGGGGAUACCUCACCCAAAACCUGUGUGAAUGUGAUGGAUGGAGCUAACUGGUCACCAUAAGCUUCCUCUUCCUCUAACUUGCUAUCAUUGUCAUUCUUGUUGGUGGUGGUGAUAGUGUGUUUUUUUUUUUUUUUUUGGGUGAAGUAAUCCUCUAAGUAUUCCUGGGCUCCUCGGUCCCAAAGCCACUUGUGCUCCCUGCCUCAUUUGCUACCUUCAGGCUGCCCCAGCACUUCACCUACUCAGCAGCCUAGCUGCCAUACCUCCAGGCCUGAAGGGGGCACCACUGGGUUUGGGACAGGGCUUGUAUUUUAGGGUUGGUAAAACAAGGGACAUUGAUUGAUUGAUGUAUCUCUUAUUAUUAAUGCAGAGUAUUUUUGAAGCCAGCCAACCAGCUCAGACACCAAAGGACUACACCACCCACAAUCCCCUUCUCUCCAGCCCCUGCUCCUUUUUUGUGCUGCUUCCACGUUACAACUGGAUCCACUGUGAAUUAGAAUUUCUCAAUGAGAAGACAUUGUUUCGUUUCAGGAAUGUUUCUGCCUGUUGUGUGUCUGUAUGAGUGCGUGUGUGUCUGUAUGAGUGCGUGUGUGUGUAUGAAUGUGUGUGUGAGUGCGUGCAAUGCUCCAUCAAUAAUAGGUUCAUACACACUUAUGCAACUCCUGAUAGGGUAAAUCAGGUCAGGUGUGACUUCAGUGGAGCUCUCAGUGCCUCAGCCCCGCCUCCCUCCUCCUCCAUUAGCGUAGAUCUUCAAAGCCUCUGGAUUCCGUCAUUAACGGAUAAUCCUCGUUCCAAACCCGAGCCCAUUAGGAACAGUACAACUCUCAAAGUCUCUCAUUCAGUAGUUCUAAUCAGUACCACAACAAUAAAUGCACUUAGCUCUUCCCUCCCCCAUUUUUCUUAAUGCCAGAGUGCUUGCAAACAGUCAUUUAUGGUCAUUUAUGAGCGGAAGUGCACUUCCAUAACUUGAGAAGUUUGCUGGGGUUUUUGUAUUAUUAGGAGCCGUUUGACUUCCAGCUUUCGGAGUCUAAUGUUUAGGAUGUUUUAUAAGGAUCUCAUUUGAAACUCUGCAAAAAAUGAUCUCUUGGUAAGAUAUAAAUCUUGGGGCUCCAAGUGCAAACUCUGAAAAUUAAGAUGCUGACUAUUGAGUGUUGUGUGAGUUUGGAUCCCAAUGCUGUAGGGCACAGUCAUCUGUUUGCUCGUGUAUCAAAGCUGGGGAUCCUGUGCUUUCCUUAGAAUACAUUGGCUCAUUGUUAUUCUUGCUCCUGCUUUGGCAGCAUAUUGAAAAAAGAAAGUGUCUAUAGAAGAAGAGUUUAUAUUUAUCCUUUGCGUCAUCCUAUUAUUAGACGCAUUGAAAGUGAUGUGAAAGAGUCCUAGAGAGUGGAUUCUUAAUUUGCUUUAAAAGUAAAAUCUAGAUCCAAAAGGCAAAUUUACAAAAGAAGUAAAAAAAAAAUCCUCUUUACUUUGGAUGGAAGUAUAUGUAUUAAAAAAAAAAAAUCCUUUUGAAGUAUUUCUAUUGGUCAUCUUUAAAUAUGACCCAAUGUACAUUAGACAGAACAGCUGUCAAAGUCACAUUAUUGCAAAACGUUACAAAUGUUUCAUUUGCUUUGUAACUAUAUGUAAUCUCUUAUUCAUGAGAUGGCUCUAUUUGUUUGUUUUAAGCAGUUUUAUCUAAUUGAACUUUAGAUAAAAGUUUGUCUGCUAAUGAAAGCCAACACCAAAACAAAAUGUCAAAAUGAAAAGACGUUUUAAUUAGUCUGAUCAACUAAACAGAUCAUUUUUUGCAGUGUUCUGAUUCCCCAGACAAGGAUUAGCCCAGUCAUGGACCAUGUUAUCCCCGACUCAGUGGACUCCAUUCAAAAUUAAAAAUGCUGGGAAGUCCAGGACUAGUCACUAAACCAACAGUUGUCUUCGAACGAAACCCACCGGUCAGCACUUUGCCGGGGGGUCGUCACUAAACGCACACCAGGGAAGGGGAUUAUCAGGUGGUUAUGCAAGCACAGGAUUCAUCAGUGCGACUAUAUAAUCUCCAGCUGGUUAUAGAAUAGUAUAUGUAAAAAAAAUGAAAAGCUUUGAUAACGUAACCUCCUCUCUGUUUUUAAAGGAGGGCACGACUACUUCAGUUUGGUACCGAUGCCUCGUGGGCAGUGCCAAAUCUGCGAGCAUUUACAGCCUGUUAGGUGAGGAGAGAGAGAGAGAGAGAGAGAGAGACAUCCUUCCUAAAAUAAAAGUCAUUUAAAAAUGUAAGAAAAAAAAAUGGAAAAGCAUUCCAGAAAAAAAAACACCAGAAAAACUUACAUAAAAAAUGUCUUCCAAGAAAAUGUAGCUGUAUUCAUUCAUGUGUGAAAUGUUCUUUUUUUUUUUCCCUAAGUUUACCUUUUCGUUUGUGUGUAACUCCAAAUUUGAAACUGUGCCACACUGAUGUUUUAAGCUUUGUUAAGCUUUUAUUAUUACGAUUGUUUGUUUAUUGUUCUUGUUGAUGUUUUGUUUGUUAUUGAUUGUUAUAAUUUUGUAUCAUUUACGCAGGUGCUUUUCAGAUGUUCAGGUGCAACACCUGAUUUUUGUUUUUCUUUCUUUUUUUUUAAGACUCUUAAGUAUUCACGUUGACGUAAUGUUUGAUUUAUUUUCUUUUUGAUAAGAUGGGAGAAUGGAGGAAAAAAGUGUGAAAGAGGCUGAAAGAUGGAAGGAGUUGAGAUGUUUGAGAUAUUGAUCGUACGAAUUUCUUUUUUUAUUAUUUUUUUAACCGUUGAAGUGAGAAAAACAGAUCAUUUUUUUCAGUGAGUUUGUGUUGGAAAUGUUGUCUUUUUCUUUCUUAUAAGGAUGUGUGACUGAGAGAAUUGAGAAAAGAAAGGUUUGACAAGGAGAAUCGAGCACGUCUUGUGAGUCUAAAUGUCUGAUUUCAGAUUGUUAAACUCCUAUUUUUUAAGAUUUGUUUUAGUUUGUUUUUUGAAGCAUUACCAUCACCAUUACGCUGGCAAAAAAGGCAAAGACACACCCGAGCUAAUACAGUAAUAAUAAUAUAUCCUGUUGAAUGUUAACGGCGUGCUAUUUGCCCGCUCAGCUGUUUGGCUUGUCGGUGGUUGGUGUUAAGAGCCUAUUUGCUAAGAAUAGGACACUGAUUGUAAUCAAUUUUUGAUUUUUUUUUUUCUUUUCUAUCUUUCUACAGUUGCAUCUUUCAUCGUUUGUGGAGGUUUAUGUCUUAUAGUAAGACUUACUUGAAUUGUAUAUGCAGCAGUUUUCUCACAUUUUGCUCGGGAAACUACCUUGCUACAACAAACCUGUUUAAGAAAAAAGUAAAAAAAAAAAAAAAAAAAAAAAAAAGUAAAAGCAUUCAUAAGCUGAUAUAAGCUGGCAAUCUCCUCUUGGUUUGAAAAAAAAAAAAAUUUCGACCACUUCUCGAUUCAGUAUUUUAUAUUUUAGUAGCCUCUCGUUUAUAUAAUGCAAAGAUACCAAACUUGGGUUUGUUCUCAAAUUAACAAAAUGCACAAAAACAACUAGGGUCGUCACUUUUUCCCCCCCGCCCCAUACGUUUGUUAUGGACUGCCUUGGACUGGUGGGUGACGAAGGGCGAUAUCCCCACAUUUAUUUCAUUGUCAAUUUUUUUUACUAUAUGUAACACAGGGGUUUUGAGGAGGGUCUUCAUUUGCAUUAAAACGUUUUCAUACAUUUAGGCCUAAAAGUGGUGAAUCCAGGUCCAGAACAUAAAAAAAUUGACUCAAAGAUUUAACUUUUUCCUGCUGAACAUCUACAGUUUCAGCAGUGGUUCGGCAGAGCUAUCCAUGGUCUGCUCGAGGGUGAAUUUUUAACCUUCUGCACCUGAAUUUGCCACUCAAUUAGCCAUUGUUGAAACUUUGGUUUAUAUCUCCCAGAAGCAGUUAAGAUGAUCAAAUAAAGGCCUUCAAAUUUGACUCUUUUGCUAUUUUCUAGCCUGAAGAGCAGAAAGGCUCUUUAACCCAAACUACUGGGAGAAAAUUCACACUGAUGAGCCUAACUGAUGAUUUGAAGAAUGGUCCAGUCAGUUGAAAUGUCCCUGACCCCUCCUCUUCUCCUAUUGGGCAGUUUUGGUUCAGAAAAGGCCAAAAAGUUUCACUUUGUGAAAUGACCCCUCCCGCCUGGGGGUUCCCCUCAGGACAAUGAGAAAAAUGUAGAUUUAAAGAAGCACUUUACUGUAAACACGUGGAUGACUUCAGUUCACUCGAAGCAAAAUUUAUGACUGUUGUUGCAAAAUUUUUGUAUUGUUUUCUAAUGAAAAAGAAACAAUAAAAAAAACCCUUUGAAACGCAA